AUGGCCGAUGAACAUGUAUUUGUUGACUCGAUGGUGGUUAAGAAAGCAGCACCUAUGAACAAAGAUCCAAACGAUAUCAUGAUGAAGUUUCCACCUUCUAUUGAAGCUAAAGACUUGAUCUUGAAACCAACUGAUGGUAAAAAACCACGAAGGUCGCCAAAUGCAUUCAUUAUUUAUCGAAAAUUAUUCGUUCAGACAGCGAGAGCAAACGGAUAUAAUUUACAAAUGACGGAAAUAUCGAAGACAGCAACUAAAUCAUGGAAAAAUGAAGCAGAGUAUGUUAAAAAAUAUUAUAAACGACUUGCUAAAGAAGCAUAUAAAUAUCGCAGCGAAAUGUUUCCCAAAACCGAUCGAAGAAAAAAAAGACAACAAUGGAAUAUUGUUUCUUUUAAAUCGACGUCAGAUGAACAAGAAUCUCAUAACGAUACAGAUUCCACGUCUUCUACGUCAAAUCACCAUUAUUUUCGUCACCGAUGUUACUAG